AUGGUUUUAGAAGAUAAGAAUGCGGCCUCAGUUGGAAGACCUUGGUCCAACCUUGCAACACAUAUUCUUGAGUUGAUUUCAUCCCAGCUCUCUCCAUCUGAUCGUUCCCACUUUGCUUUAACUUGCAAGCAGUGGAAUUCAGUUGUUGGUCCUACUUUUCCUGCUGAUAUAUGUCCACUUUUGCUAAACUGUCCAAGAUGGGGUUCCAAUGUGAUCCGGUACUACAGUCCUUAUUUCAACAAGAAUUUUGAACUAGAUUGUCCCUUUGACUUGUCAGGUGCCACAUUAUGUUCUUCAAGCAAUAGGUGGCUGACGUUAGGCUGGGAAAAUAAGAUUAUGUUAGCUGACCCUUUCACUGGCAUCUCACAUGAGGUACCAUUGGAGGAGGUAUUUCUUUUCUCUCAAUAUGGUUUUUUUUGGGAUCCGAUUACUUCGAAACUCCAAAUCUUCGGCAUUAGUAACGGUGGCUAUGAAAAUGUUGAUAUUGGUAUUUUUGAUGGUGAAAGAUCAGGUGGAGAGUUGGGAGUGUACAAUCUAAAAGAGGAUACAUGGACAGUUCUAAUGACUAAGCCUAACAAGUUCAGUUAUGAAGAAUGCUACCUAGUUGAGUCAGAGGGAGAGCUCUUUUCGGUACUCAUUGGAAAGUAUGGAUUACCUCUUCAUGUUCUUCGUCUUGAUGAACGCGAGAUGAUGUGGGAAAAGGUUGAAAGAUUAGAGGGGCGAAGUCUUUUCUUGGGAUCACUCACAUCGGUUUCUAGUAAUAGUACCACAUUGGAAAGCAUGGAAAAUAAAGUGUUUUUUCCAAGGUUUCAUGGUGAUGUUGAAGUCAUUCGCGCAAAAGUAAAGUACUCUAGUGGCCGCUCAUUUUUUGUACCGAAGAUGAAUGGAGAGAACAAGAGAAAAGAUGAAUCUAAUAUAUGUUGGUACUCAUUAGCAGAUGACAAAUUUCAUCUCAAAUAUUUUGUGUCCAAAAAAUACGUGAACAGCAUAUGGAUUGAUUCUAUAGUUGCAAGUGAUUAA